AUGUCACGGGGGAGAGAAGUGCAGCUCCACCUGACCCAUAGUCCCAAUUUUCCCCAGUGCUACAGACAACCUGUGUAUGCUAUCCAGCAAGGGGUGUGCCCAAAAGCAAGGGAAAACCAUGGGUUUCUAGGCGUCACAUCAUCACAAUGUUUACAACAGAUGUGUUGCUUUGACCCAACCAUCCCAGAUGUGCCCUGGUGCUUCGGCCCUGUCUCCAGGCAGUCAAUGCCAAUCAAAUGCUCUUUCCGCAGCAAAAACUCAAGUGGUAGAUUUGCCUUUGUGCACGCAGUUGGGAUCGGGCCCAAGAGGAAAACCCAACCUCUGGGUGAAGCAUCGGAUGGAACAAUGUUAUCAGACCUAGCCGGGCAAACACGAGGAGCAUAUAAAACAAGCUGCUCCCAGGGAGAGCGGCACCUCUCCUCCACCCGCCUUCCGAGAGCAAUGGAUCUCAAAGUGACCUGUGUGCUCUCCGUCAUCCUCGUCGUAGCCCUCAGCACCUUGGCAGAGGGAAAGACAGUACCAAGUAAAUGCCAGUGUAAAGUGGCCCCUGGGGAGCGGAGGAACUGCGGCUACCCGGGAAUCUCAGCAGCGGAGUGCAGGAAAGCUGGGUGCUGCUUCAAUGCUUCAUUCCCCGGAUUUCCAUGGUGCUUUGCUCCUAAAGCAAAGAAAGUUAGGAAAUUAUGUCCCAACGAUCCUCAGGCCAGGAUAAACUGCGGCUUCCCCGGCAUCACGGCUAAGGAGUGCGAAAGGAAGGGGUGCUGCUUCAGGGCACACCCCGCUGGUGUCCCCUGGUGCUUCUACCACCGCGUGGUGGAGGAAGGCCGGUUACUUUACCCAAUUAAUCCGUAUAAUGGAAAGAAAUCCGAGUGCACCCCCAAUGCCUCGAGACCGAUGGGUGGCCACACUGGGUCGUUUCAGACGUUCAUCUAG